CUCGUUUCGCUGAGGGGAAACCCGGACUUGGGAGCAGGCGGAGGUUUGAGUGCAGUUAACCGCUGGUUCCUUCGCCUUCCUCCUUGCUGAGGCCAUGCCGAAGGUGAAGAGGAGCAGGAAGCCUCCGCCGGAUGGCUGGGAGCUGAUAGAGCCAACGCUGGAUGAGCUGGACCAGAAGAUGAGGGAAGCGGAGACUGAACCUCACGAAGGGAAGAGGAAAGUGGAAUCCCUUUGGCCUAUCUUCAGGAUCCAUCACCAGAAAACACGUUACAUCUUUGACCUCUUCUAUAAAAGAAAAGCUAUCAGCAGAGAGCUCUAUGAGUACUGCAUCAAGGAAGGAUAUGCUGACAAAAACCUGAUUGCAAAGUGGAAGAAACAGGGUUAUGAGAACCUCUGCUGCCUCCGGUGUAUCCAGACACGGGACACCAACUUUGGAACCAACUGCAUCUGCAGGGUCCCCAAAAGCAAGCUGGAAGUGGGGAGAAUCAUUGAAUGCACUCACUGUGGAUGCAGAGGCUGUUCUGGGUGACACCUUUAGCCCUAAAACUACUUUUUGAACUCUUGAGGGAUGUCAUCCUACGCAGCGGACUAUUGGAGCAGGUACCAGCCACCUUCUGUUUGAUUGCUUAUUUCUCUACAGCAAUAACCAGCAACGUACUCACCUGGAUCAUUCUACAGCGGUGGUGCUUUUGGAAUGUGGUUUUGUGUAGCCAUGUAUUUUAAAAUAAAGUCUGUCCCC